AUGGCGGAGCUGCAGCAGCGCCGGGUGCAGGAGGCGGUGGACUCUAUGGUGAAGAGUCUGGAGAGAGAGAACAUACGGAAGAUGCAGGGCCUCAUGUUCUGGUGCAGCGCCGGCUGUUGUGAGGACAGCCAGGCGUCCAUGCGGCAAAUGCACCAGUGCAUUGAGCGCUGUCAUGCACCUCUGGUUCAAGCCCAGGCCCUGGUGACCAACGAGUUGGAGAAGUUCCAGGACCGCCUGGCCCAGUGCACUAUGCUUUGGAAUGACAAAGCCAAAGAUUCAAUUAAUGCAGGGAGUAAAGAGUUUCAGGUGAAGUGGCAGCUGGACAGUUGCGUGACCACGUGUGUGGAUGACCACACGAACCUCAUCCCAAUCAUGACCAAGAAGAUGAAGGAGCCUCUCUCGUCCAUUGGCAAAUAGAUGUCUGCUAU